AUGGCAGGAUUGAAACUAUCACCGGCAAAAGACAAUGCCCUCGAAUUUGAUGAUCUUUCAAUCCAGGUCAUUCCUGUCCGAGGAGAAAGAAUCUUUUCUAACGCUGUACACAAUAAUGGGGGCCAAGAUGAUCUCGAGGUGGAACUAUCCCGACUGGAACGUGAAUUAUCGGUUGACAUGUUAGAACUAUCGUUCGUGGAGAAGCCGUCUCAGCUUCAACAGCCGCAACAACACCAACAUCAGCAGCACCGUUUGAAAUCAUUCGCGGGGCAACCAAUACCCAUGCCGAAUACAAAUGCCAGUAACAAUCAUAAUGAUGAAUCUGGAUUUAGUUUCUCGUUUGAUGUCCUUGGUGGUGGUGGCAACAACAAUGCAGGAAUAGAGAAUAGUCAGACUGGUAGAAGGUUAUCAUCAGCGUCUUUUAGAAGGGAGUCACAGCCUAAUGCCAUACAGAGUAGUCCGAUACCUAUUGAUGAAACGUUGCGGAAACGUUUUGAUCAGUUGUUGAAUCGAGAACUGGAACGAACCGAUUCUAUUCUGCAACGAUCUGCUGGAUCCAUAUCGCAUGAUGACUAUGCUGAUGUACAUACAGAUCUUGAGACAGAUCUACAUAGCUCAUCAUCCGCAUAUUUCACUCAACCAGCAACUCAACGGCCAUCCGUAGCUUCAAAGCAGCACGGUAUCACAUCAGUCUCGCCGCCAACAGAUGCAAGUCCGCGUGCCCAACCACCACCAAAUCCAUCAAAACCACCAACCAUUCCAAAUCCCGUUGAUUAUAACAACACUAGUAGCAGCAAUAUUAGAAAGCCUCCCGUUGACGUAUCGGCUAUAUAUGAGAACCUGCCCGUGAUGUCGUCGGCCUCUAAAAUCUUUGACAGAUCUAUGAGUCGUAUAGUUGAUAAUAGUCGGCCAUUGUCUACGGUAGAGCCAUCGAUUUUGGGUGAAGAGUCGAGUUUGGGAGUGGGUGAGAAACUCCAUCAAGAUACUAGCAAUUUCUUGGAUACUCAGCAUCGUCCUAUUGGGAAUUUGCCUGAAGAUCACAGCAGUCGAGCUGUUAUCUCUGCUUUAAGAACUUUACAAGAAAAGAUUGCCCAGUUGGAAAAAGAAAAAAUGGCAGCCAAAUCACGGCUAGCGGAAUUGGAACGAGAAUUGAAUCGAAAUCGUGAAGACGAUGGUUUGCCAAAUAGAGAUAGUGGAGCUCGUGAACGAGAAUCAGCCAAGGCUGACAUUUUGUUGGAAAAGAUUAAAUUAGAAAAUAUGCUGGCUUCUUCAAAAUCUCAAGCCAAUCUACUCGAACGUCAACUAGAGUAUUCGAGAAAGAUGGCACAGAGUGCAGCAUCUGAGCGAGAUGAAGCACUACAAAACUUGGAACAUAUACGACGUGAAGUUGCAAUUUUACGUGCCACGGCAUUACGGAAUGCUGGCGCUGCCGUAGUAUCUGCUUCCACCGCCACGUCGCCUACAAGACCCACACAGCCUAGUAGACGAGUAGAAGUAUCAGAGCAUGGAGAUAUGCCAAGACAUCCUUCUCGACGAGUCUUUGCAGAGAGUGCAGGUACCGCCGCCGCCACUUUGGCUACCAGUGCUGACGAUUUGAGCUUUUUGCAAAAGGAGGACGUUGAUCUUCUGAGAACUGAGAUUGAUGAAGCUCGUAGUAGGAUGUCGUCUGUAGUGUCUGUGGACGAUGAAGAAAAGUUGAAGCAGAUUUUGCUGGAGAAGGCUCUCAGGAGAUCACGCAAGGUUGCAGCAGAUCCAUCAAAGAAGCGUAAGAAACCUAAAACUGAAGACUUGCCUACAAGACCUGCUUUGCCAAAAUCCACAGUUUCCAACGCCGCCGAACGACAAGUUCCUACGUGGAGGAAGGUUGAGUCUAGACCGGCAGCAACAUCAGCAAAGUCGGUAGUGAAUCCGAUUGUUCAAAAACAACGACCUUCUGUUGAAGAAGCCACAAGCCAUGAUGAAGCUGUUGUGGGAGCAGCAGCUUCCAAAAAGUCCUCGAGGGAUUUGCCAUUCAUCAGUGGAACGUCUGUCACAAAAUCCUACUCUGUCACGGCCAAUUUGCAGAAAGUUUACUCGAUGCUGAAGAAUCAUAAUCCUCAACUAUGCUCCGUGUGUCGUCAGAAGCGUAGGCAUGCUGAAUCUCCUCCUAAACCAAGAGGACGAAAUGAAACUGGCAGAACGUAUGAGCCAAUAGAGACAAUAGAACGAGAAAAUGAUUUAGUAAAGGUAUUGAGUCUUUUAGAGGAUGAGUUUCUUCACCUCAAAAUUGUUUAUCAAGACCUGGUUGCCCGUUACGAAGAUGCUGCCGAAUCAACUGGUCGGCCUCAUCUCUCUGCUUCGGCAAAUAGUAACGAGUCGAACCGCAUGUUGAGGUCAUUGGGUGAUGAGUUGCGUGACAUUAUUCAGAGUAUGGAGAUCAAGGGCGACCAAAUCUCGAUCUUGCGUGAGAUUGUGAGCGCUACGACUUUGGCUAGAUCUAUGCAAUCGGAGGCAGCUGAUGACGCCCGAGUUGCGCAUCAUCUCCACCAUCCUCAUGUUGAGCAUGAUCGUUCAAGGUCUAGAAGACGUGACGACAAGAUCCCGUUUCCCAGAAUGAGAUCUAAGUCUCAACCGCCUGUGGAAGGUGGGGAUGCAGCUGAGAGACGAAUUAGAAGUCGAUCUGUAGAUAAGGGCUCUCACCUGGCGAACUUGGGCCUAUUGAAAAGCUCGAUGAAGGUUCAAUCUUCGUUGGCUUGA